AUGUACGCCAAUCAUGUUUCAGGUGUAGAGCAACAGUUACAACAUCAGCAAACGAUCACCAUCAGAAAAUACGUUGGUGCCUCAAGUACAGGAGGUAGCAGUGCAGGUGGCGGUGGCGGCAUCGGCGUCGGUGGUGACACAGAAAGCACUCUCUCCAAUGUUACAUCAAUUCACUCACAAUUGCAAUCUUUCAACGAACAAUGUGAUGACGCACAACAAUUUUACAAUAGCAGUAAAAUAAAUCACCAACAACAGCAGCUGCACCAGCAGCAGUUGCAUCAACCAGGUGGUAGUGAUAAAAUCAUACGACCACAAGUAUUACGUGCAAUGAAUAAACACUCAGUACUACUACAAGAGCUACAUCAACGACAACAGACGCAAGCUGCAACAAGCAGAAGUACAACGCAAGCCACGGCAGCAGCAGCAGCUACUAACUUGCAACACUUGGUUGCAACCGGUUGUACAGCACCAUUGACUAUAACUACAAAUACAGUGACAGCAAAUAUUGGCGCUGUUGGUGCUGGCGCAGCAUCCGUUUCUGCCGCCGCAUCAGCUGUGGUAUCGCCUAAUAAAGUGACCGCUAACGCCACCGCCACUGGCAAGACUGCAACCAUACUUGUUUCGAAAUCAAAAACUAAAACUGGUUUACCGCUACUACUAAAAAACUCGAUUAACAAUUAACAACAAUUGGCGACAUUUUGUGAAAACACAAACCAAAAUUUGUAGCUUAAUCUUAACAAGAAAAGAAUUUUUCCAAUCGUAUUGAAUUGUGGCGAGACAGAUGCUGAAAUGACGUAAAUCAACGACCGAUAAACCUGUGCCCAGUAUUUAAGAAUUUAUAUCCAUACAACAAACAUACAUCAUCAUUAUAUAUACACACACGUACGUACAUACAUUACAUAUUUGCAUUUUUAUAUGUAUACUUUACAUGUUUAUUUUCGUUGUGCAAUAUUUCUUAAGUACAUAUUUUCUAUGUUUAUGUCUAACGAAUGGUGUGCGAGAACAUAACCAAACGCGCAAAUGUAGUAAAAUUUUAAGUAUAUACUUUUAAGCAACGAUUUAAAUGUGUAUAUAUAGGCUGCCUGCUGGUUGAGACCGUUAACUAAACGCUUCAAUUUGGCUAAUAUUUUCCUUAAAAAUUUAAUACGGCGUCAAAUAUAAGCCCAGUAAAUAUUUUAAUAUACUCAUUACAUUUGAAAAAAAAGCGUUAACGCAGAUAUAACAAUUCAUUUAUUUUGAGUCACAUUUAAGUAAUUAGUAGUUAAAUGGAAGAGUAUUGCAAAAGAAAGGCAGCUAUGCAAAUAAGUGUUUACAAAUUCAUGAAUUUUCAAUACAACUCAUUUGGACUUGCAAUAAGUAGCAAAAUGCAGCUUGUUUACUAUACACAAUUUUGAAUUUUGUGUUUUGUUAAAAACUGCAAUUUAACAGCUUAAACGCAUAGUUGACGUGGGUAAAAUUAACGAAUUAUCUAUACGUAUGUAUAUCGAAUACUACGAAUACUCUUAAAAAUUUUUACGUUUACAUCAUAUAACAUAACUGUAUUAGUUGAAAAAAUAUUCAUUAUGCAUAUGCAACUAGUAAGAAAUUUUCCAAAAAAAAAAAACAAACCGAAAAAUCACAAACAAGCAUUGUAGUAAACGCAAAGGUUAGUAAAAAAAAUGUAAAAUGAAACAAAAUAAAAUAAAAUUAUUAAAUUUAAACUAUUUGUAUUGUAUAUGAGUGUAACUAUUGUAACUGUAUUUGUUAAGUUUUAAUUUAUUCGUAAUUUACUUGUAUACCUAUGAUAAUUCAAUGACUUCGGCCAUGAAAAUUUGUGCGAAAUGCACUGAAAAUGAGAUGAAAGUUGAUGCUCACAACGCAGCUAAAAUUUAAUUGGAAAAAAAUAUAGUUGCCGUACUUUUUGUAUAAUUACAUACUAGAAAUGUUUGAAAAGUAUAUAGUGUGGGAGAAAAAUUUAUAAAAAAGAAA